AUGAAAAGCAGUGCAAUAAAAGUAAACAAAGCAGUGAAGGUCAGCUCGACCAAGAGCUCGAGUCGAGUAGAGCAAAGUACCAGCUCGAUCGAGUUUAGGGACGAGUUGAGACAAACAAAGCUAAAGCUCGAUCGAGUUGAAGCUUGGCCGGUCGAGUUGAGGAACUCGACCGGUUGGUCGAGUAGACGGUCGAGCUGGUCUUCAAGAUGGCUUCUCCCUUCUUCCUUUGCGUAUCCAGUUGAGCUGCUUCCAUGUGCCAAGUCCCUCCAUGCUCCUUGUGUCCCAUAUGCUCCAGAAUGCUCCAAAAGACCUAUUUCAAAGGACCAAACAUGCAUAUGUCUUUUGGAGCAUUCUGGAGCAUAUGGGACACAAGGAGCAUGGAGGGACUUGGCACAUGGAAGCAGCUCAACUGGAUACGCAAAGGAAGAAGGGAGAAGCCAUCUUGAAGACCAGCUCGACCGUCCACUCGACCAACCGGUCGAGUUCCUCAACUCGACCGGCCAAGCUUCAACUCGAUCGAGCUGGGGAAGUCAAAGUCAAACCCGAAAAAUGUUGCUUCCCCCUUGA